AUGGAACCAGAGGUCAAAGACCCAGAGAACAAUAAUAACCUGGUCCCUUGGUCGGGUUCAGAUGGUUCCCAGGAACGUUGUGCCUCUGAGUCCUUGGCGGAGUCCUUUGAUGAGGAUGAUAUUAGUGAUGAGGACCCUUUAGACCCGGACCCUGGGUCCCCAGACCGCCCUCAGCCACAAGAAUGGGAAUCUGCAGGUGAGCAACGUUCCCUGGCUGAACUUAGUGGAAGUGAAGAGGAUGUUUCAUACAAAGAAGAGGACAAUAUCUACCUUAGUGAAUUGAGGGAGUCUCCUCAUGUCCAAACCUCACCAGUAUCCCUGUCCCCACCCCGAGAGCACCCUGACUCUGAGCCUCAGGCCAGCCAAACAUCCCCACUGCAUUCCCCAUCCUCUUCCUCCUCCCUUGGCUAUGCAGCUGACCUGACACUGGCGUUGACCCUGGCCCCGGAGGAGCCGCAGGGAGCCAGUAAUAGGCAGGACCCAGCCACUGGGAACAGGAGGAUUGAAUCUUCAGAGGAAGGAGGGAGUAGUGAAGCACCUCCUGCUCCUGUCUUCUUUGAAAUUUCAGACGAGCGUGCUGAGCAGGCAGAGAAGUGGAACUCAGAGUCUGACACAGAUCUGUGCAGACCGGACAGGCACAGGGGAAGAUACACACGGCUUAGUCACAGCGAGAGCCAAUCAGAAAGACACGUGAAGGAGACCAAGUCUAAAUGUAAACGAAUCGCCCGGCUUCUAACUGAUGCACCCAAUCCUCAAAAUAAGGGAGCCUUGCUGUUUAAAAAACGCCGCCAGCGGGUCAAGAAGUACACACUCGUGAGUUACGGGACUGGCGAUAAGCUCAACAGCGAAGAUCAGAUUGAGGAGGAAUCCGGAGAAGUCCCAUCAGCCGGGUACAACUUCGUGGCAACCAGUGAUUCCGAGCUAGAGGAGGAGUAUUCUGUUUAUCACAAGCAGCAUAAUUUGAGUCUGAAUUGGGGAGGUGUUCGAGAAAUGGAGGAGCUACCAGAGACAAAAGGGAAGGGAGUUAUGAUGUUUGCCCAACGCCGCAGAAGGAUGGAUGAGAUUGUGUCAGAGCAUGAAGAAAUGAGGAAUAAAGGAUUAUAUGUGGAGGCACUAACAGGGCCUGAAUGUACAGAAGCACAGACUAUAUAUGACACUAAGGAAAUGUACAGGCAUAAUAACCAGGCCGACUACAUGGAUGCAAGUCACAAGCAGCAUGAAUACCAAGAAAAUAUCCAACAGAUGAACCACCAAGCCAAUGUGCCAAGACCCCUGGUGCCAAACAGAACUGCAAGGCCCUUCCUAGGAUUUCAAGAUGGUACAACUGCUGCUGUCAGGCCUGGUGGUGCUGUUCCAGUCACAAGGAAGAAUGAACCAAGAUUUAAAGUAGCUGUGCCUUUCAACACUAACCCACUUGUUUGGUCCCCGACUGGAGACAUCAUAGCCUCAAGAGAUGAGCGGAUAUCUGUGCCAGCAAUCAAGACGGGGAUCCUGCCAGAGUCAAAAAGGAAAGGUACUAAUAAACAGUCGUCAGCGCUGGGACAGGAAUCAGAUCCCCACCUACAACGCAAAGGAGAAAGAAGGUCUUAUAUUGAGUCAGAGGAAGACUGCUUUAGUCUCGGGGCUGAAGCUUGCAACUUUAUGCAACCAAGAACAAUAAAACUCAAGAAUCCCCCACCAGUUGCCCCAAAACCCACCAUCAAUCCAACCUGUCCUCCUUGGAUGAGCAGGAGUCCCUUAGGGGAACCAUAUAUUCCACCAAGAAGUCCGAUUUCACAACCUAGUCAGCAUUACUUACAGCAGCAAGAUUGGGCUCAGCAGCAACAGAUGGUCAACCGUUGGACACCAGAUCAAACUCAGGCAACACUUCAAACACCUGCCAACGCCUGGGCUCCAGUCAACGCCUCUCCUCAGCUUCAUCUUCAGCCAACCACAAAUAGCUGGAAUCCACAGUCAUCAAGAUCCCCUGUGAGUAUCCAGGCCCGCAGUCCUACUUACAGCCCACAUCACCCAUCUUCACCCUCAAGGAAUAAGUCAGACAGUGUUCCAAACUCAGUUGCUUCUUGCCCACCAAAAAUAGGGAAGUCAUAUGUCCAUGCACCAAAAGCAUCGCAGCCUUCUCCAAGGGGUCGAGUCUCAGACAGAGGUGUUAAUCGAUCUGGUGAUGGUCCAACUAUGGCAGGAAAAGGUGCACAGCUGUUUGCCAAAAGACAGUCCCGCAUGGAGAAGUUCGUUGUUGAUGCUGAAACUGUGCAAGCAAAUAAAAUGAGAUCCCCCUCCCCAACCUCCUCCCUCCCCAACACCUGGAGGUAUUCUUCCAAUGUCCGUGCCCCUCCCCCUUUAUCAUACAAUCCCCUUCUUGCCCCUUUCUACCCUCCAUCCGCAGCCAAGCAACCCCCUCCCACAAGCUCCAAAGUCAAGCCUAAGACCAAAGAAAAACCUAAAGCACCCCCAAAGCACCUAAAUGCCUUAGAUAUCAUGAAACAUCAACCUUAUCAGUUGGACUCAUCACUGUUCAAGUAUGAUGCAGUCCCAGAGGCCAAAAGCCCCAGCCCCAGCCCCAGCCCCAAACCAACUCCGGCAUCAAAGUUUGAGGCAAAAAAAAGUCUCAAACUUAGAUCUGCCUCUUCUCAUUCUACUUAUAACACCUCUGAGCUCGCUGUUCAGUCCAAGGCAGAAGCCCCCACUAAGUCUCCUGGAGUGGUAAGUUCCCAAAAUUCUUCUGCCUGCCAAAACACGAGAUCAGCAGAGCAUCUCACGACUGACAAGCGCUUGGAUGAAAAGCACACUGUCACACCUGCGGCCCACCACAUAAGCAACAAGCAAGCACCAAGCGCCCGGCCCGCAAGCACCUCCUCCCCGCUGUCAUCUACCAGUGACAGCAUAGCUUCAGCUUUUUCUCCUGCAUCACUUAUUGCUCGAGGCGCACGUCAAAUGGCUCCUCGUCCAAAGUUUUCUGCCAAGAAGCCAGUAGUGGCAAGCAAACAGUGGAGGCCUUUUGCUCUGAUUCAUUAGUCCUAAUACUGUUUAUGGUCAUUGGUGGAGGCGCCACUGAGAUAAUAGAACACUGUGGUAGCACCUAAUAUGUCUUAUACUUUACUGGUGGAGACUACUCUGGUCUUAACAGGGUCCUUGCUUCGUACUGAUGUCCACAUUCACAUUUAUUUUGGACUGAAGCAUCAUAGAACAUCACAAAUCUAAAAGAAAUAAAAACUAAAUAGUUAUAUGCAUAAAGCUGAAAACAACAACGGAAGAAUAAAAUGUCUCUCAUAUUACAUCUCAAAUUCAACAAUCAGUACUUGAUGAAGUAACUUAAUUACUUUUAACCAUAAAACCAUACAAGUUUAUUGUUUUCAUGCGCUAUUUUGCCUUUAGGUGCGUCGGUCAACUUCCGGGUCAUAUGAUCAUGUAACAAACUUAUUAUAAAAUAACUGAUACUCAUAAAAAUGUAUUCAUCAUCGUGAAUAUAGAAACGAAACUUAAUAAAGUCCUUAAUAUACAGAUUACCCAAGAUGGCAGUGAACAAGAUGGAUUAUACUUUGUUAGGAAACCUUUCUUUCAGUAAACAUUUGAAAAUCGUGCAUAUUGACUCAUUGUAUAGGAAAUGUAUAGACCCUAAUUUAAGCCACAUCAACAAUCACUUACAAUAUGCAGCUGCAGCAUAUAAUUAUCUGGCAAUGUAAUGAAAAUGCAAGAAUAUAACAUAUAUAACUAAAAUAAAUAACUUGAACAUAUCAUCUUCCUUUAAUUAGUGAGGUUCACUAGUGCUUAAAAAAGGAAAUGUGAGACUAAAUAAUGUUGAGUGAUUCUCAGGAAGUGCUAUUACCUGUGCAAUAAUGUGUGAAAGAGCCUUGUUCAACUAAGGGCUUCAGUCUGUUUUUGUGUUUUGUAAGAAAUAAGAUUGCAUGAAUUACUAUGUAGCAGUAGUCACCAUGACCCCAAAACUACACAACAAUAACAUAAAUAAAACUUAAUUUAAGUCCAAAAUAUUCAGUUCAUAAUCGUGUCAUCUGGGAUAAGAGUAACUUAUUUGUACAAUUAUAUUCAUAGAGUAUUUUUAAUUACUCAGUGUGUUUGGGGAGAAACUGUCUAUGCACUUCUUUUUUUGGAUGCAAUUCCUUCAGUCUCAUUCCAAACUUUGAUGGUAUCACGACGGCUAAAAGCUUAAAGGUUAGUGGUGAUCAUGAACCCUGAUGAUUUUAAAUGAAAUUUUUUGUGGAUCGUCAGUUAUGGCCAGUUAUUAAACUGUCUCUAAAGUCAUCAGACUUAUAUCCUCAUCCUUGAUGUAAAACAUGAGCAGAAAAUCACAGAGAUUUGAGUUUCAUGUUUCUGAUUCACAUCAUUUAUAGCAACUCAAAAAAAUGAAGUAGGAAAUAACUUUAAUGAUCUUGUGUGUCUUUAAGUCUUCAUCUUUCUGACGUAUCACUGUUUAUUGCACUCCUUGUACUCUGCACCUCUGUGCUAUUAAACUUCUCUUUCCUUC